AAAAGCAAGGGUAAGGUUGCUCAACCAAGAGGCGUGGCAACCUCAGCAUCUCACACCCGUUCGCUGGGGGAUAAGGAGACGGGAAGAUCAUGCACGUGGUCCCUUGGAUUUUGAGAUCCGUUGCUCAAACGGAAGCAUACCAGUUCUCCGAAGCUCUGGAUUCGGUGAUGACUUUGCAAUCAUGGGCAUCUCCUACGAGGAACGCAAUUUGCGUGUCGUUGAUGUAUACAAAGAGGAACACUUCAACAUCUCCAAUAGCAGCUGUCAGUUCCCGACAUGGAACACCUCCGCGCAACUGGCACCUCCGUUUAAGGUCAACCCUGCCAACCUGAACCUCGUCUUCUACAACUUCACGGAGACGGCAGCUCAUCGGAACAGGGCGCUGGUGAAGAUGAGAUGUGUGGACGCGGCCAAUGCAUAUGUUCGCACGCGAGUGCGCUACGACGCGACCAGGGACUAUGCCGGCUACGCUCUAGAGGGUUGCAAUGCUAUCGUCGUGCCGGUAAUGGCCUCGUCCAGCUCGACGAACACGAGCCACUACAAGCAGCUCAUCAGGGCUGGCUUCCACAUGUCAUGGGAUUUGCCACCUCUCCCUGCACCUGUACCUCCCCCUACGCCUGCGCCUGCACGUAAGUUCACCCGCCGAAUCAUCUUCAAAAUUUUAAUCAAGUUUUGUUGCCAAGCUAGGACGUUCAGUACCUGUUAUGUAGUACUCUCUCCGUCCGGAAUUACUUGUCACAAACAACAAGUGGCUUCUAUUACGAAGAUCGAUUCUGGUAUGAAGUCUGAAUUUCUCAGCUCUGCCUAA